GGUUUCAACCAGUAAUGUCAGAAAUGGGAAAACCAAGGAUAUCAGAUAAACAUUUGAGCAAACCAAGACUCACCCAACUCCUUAAAUUUCAACAACAUUAAACCAUAAUCAAUGAGGAACCAGCUGUUCUUAGACAUGUAUCUAGUCAGCUGUUAGAAUUUUCUUAAUAUAAGGUGCCAAUGCACCAAAACUGAACCAACAUAACCAGACUGCAACUUGUAUGAGAUGGGGAAAAUGAAGAUAUCAACAAUGUCUGUUGUGUACCUGCUGCUAAUUGUGCUGUUGGUAAUCGAUUCGCCAGGUCUGGGGUGUUAUUCGGAUAGGAGCGGCUGCAGAGGCUGCAUUGCUAAGCGGUUGAAGUCCGGAUGCCCUCCGUGUCAGCAGAUUAUGCGAUGCAUGGCGCAGUGUUUGUGGGGAGGUACUUCUCAGAGUAAAUGUAUCAAGAAAUGUGAUUGCAAUGGUGGCUACCCUAAGGUCUCGGACUGCAAGAAGUGCUUGUCCAAAUGCAAGUGUAGUUGCUCUAUGUAAUAGGUAAAAAAACAUAUUGUACGCUCUAGAUUCAUAGCAGGACUAAGCGUAUCGACUUUCAAAUCCUUUCUAUGUUUGUUAUCCAAAAUAUUUGAGUUUCUUUU